AUGUUCAAAGGAUAUCAAAUCACACGACGAUUAAUACCUUCAAGACUAAUCCAAUAUAAUUCUUAUUAUCAUUUCAACAUAUUAUCCAGAUCCUCAAGCUCUUCAACACCUUCACAAGAUGAAGAUCAAGCUUUAAUUCAUGCUGUUAAAAGGUUUAUCAAAACUAAUGAAACUAUACCUUCACAAGGGUCUUGGUCAAAUGGUGAAUUCUUGAAAAAAAGUAAAAGGGUGGAUUCAAUUAAAUCUACUCUAGAGGAAUGGGAAAGGGUUAUGAAUUUGGUAUCAGAGCUUCAGCUGAUUUCUAAUACGGACCCGGAUCCCGAUAUGAGGCAGAUAGCCUUAACUGAACUUGAAAGCCUAUAUUCAUCAUCAGAUCAAGAAUCAUCAAACAACCUUUCAAACAUCAAAUCACGACUUUUAGAAUCACUUUUCCCCACCCCGAUCAGUCAUCGACAGUCAGCUCUAGUAGAGAUCAAACCGGGUGUAGGAGGGGUUGAAGCUGCUCAUUUUGCUACCUCACUCAUGAAUUUGUAUAAUCGACAUGCUCUUCGACAGAAAUGGAAAGUCAAACCGGUCAAUGUUGAGUUUAUGGUCAGUGGCCACAGUAUGGAUGGUCUUAGAGAAGCUACAUUAGAAAUUGAAGGCGAAGAUGUCUAUAAAAGGAUGAGAUGGGAGGCAGGUGUACAUCGAGUACAACGUGUACCAGUGAUGCAAAACACAAGUUCGGUUCACACUAGUACGGCUGCAGUCUUACCUCUCGAUCCUGGAAAUCAAGACAGCCAAGAAGAAGCCUUGUUUGAGGAAAAGGAUGUAAGAAUGGAGACCAUGAGAUCACAGGGCGCCGGAGGUCAACAUGUCAACAAGACUGAAUCAGCGGUCCGAUUAACACAUGUCCCAACUGGUAUUGUCGUCUCAAUGCAAGACUCGCGAUCACAACAUCAGAAUCGGGCUAGAGCAUUCAUGAUCCUAAGAGCAAGAUUAUCAGAUCUAAGGAAUCAACAAAAACAAGUUGAAGAGCGUGGCCUUAGACUCUCCCAAGUCAAAACCUCUGAUCGAAAUCAAAAGAUCCGAACAUACAAUUUCCAACAAGGACGAGUCACAGAUCAUAGGAUUGGAUUAACAUUGCCUAGGUUACAUGAUGUCAUGGAAGGUGGCGAAACAUUGGAGUCAAUAUGGAUGCGAUUGGCAGAGGAUGAAUUGAAACAGUCAAUCAAAAGUCUCUUGGAGGAAUCUCCUGAAUAG